GUGAGUCCACAGUUCACCGCUGACCGUGGGACCGGUGCCGUGUCUGUGUGCUGUCCGUGGGACCGGUGCCGUGUCCUGACCGUGGGUUGCACACAUUACCUGCACUUGGAGUUAGGGGGCAUCUCCGACCUGCCCCCCUUUAUCCCAUUCACUGCAGAGACGGGACCCUUACUAGAGCCGGGAGUUGACUAAGAAUGGCGACUGAUGUCUUCAACUCCAAAUACCUGGCUGUCCAGGCCCAAAAGAAGAUACUUGGCAAGAUGGCUUCAUCUAAAUACAUUGCAACAACCUUCAUCGAUGACACAAGUGGAGAAGUAUUAGAUGAUCUUUAUCGAAUGACAAAGGAAUAUACCCACAGCAAGAAAGAUGCUGAGAAAAUUAUUAAAAACCUCAUCAAAAUAGUGAUAAAAUUAGCAGUUUUAUACAGAAAUAACCAAUUUAACCAGGAGGAAAUUGCAACAAUGGAAAAAUUCAAGAGGAAAGUCCACCAGCUGGCCAUGACUGUGGUGAGCUUCCAUCAAGUGGAGUUUACUUUUGACCGCAAUGUGCUGUCCAAAUUGUUGAAUGAGUGCCGUGAGCUCCUCCAUCAAGUUAUUCAGCGUCACCUUACAGCAAAGUCUCAUGGACGUGUCAAUAAUGUGUUUGACCACUUUUCAGAUUGUGAUUUUUUGGCUGCUUUGUAUAAUCCAUAUGGACCUUACAAAAACCACCUCCAAAGACUCUGUGAUGGUGUCAACAAAAUGUUGGAUGAAGACAAUAUUUAAGCACUUGAAUGAUGUACCGUGGCCUUAAUGUUCUUUGCUCAGAAUAACAGUAACUUAAGGAAAAAGAGGACCAUCCAAACUUGGUAUUUUAGUUGCUACAAAAGAUUAAACUUGAAGCGGUCCUUCUCAUGCU